GAAUCCCGCAGAGAUUCUCACUGCUGAAGCUACUUAACUACUGUUCCACUUUCCCACUUCCUGUCGUCUCCGGCCAUCUCUCUCUCUCUCUCUCUCUGUAAUGGGAGCUCAAAGCUCGGAGGCCUCAAACGCCAAUGAGGUGAUAGUCCACAUGACACCUCCGUCUUCCAAAACCAACUCCGGUUUACCAUCAUCACAGCCGCCGCCGGCGAAGCUUCGGCCGGUACCCGCCCCUCCUGUCCCAAAGCCCAAAUCCCGAUUUCUGGAGCUCAACUGCCCUCCCCGACCGGGACCCCCCAAAAAAUCUCACUCCCUUCCCACCGCUGAUCCCAUCCCCUCCUCCGACUCCGAUUCCGACGACGACGAUGGCACCUUCUCCGACAAGUUUCUCCCCGACAGCCCCCUUCGCCGCCGCUGCAGCUUUGGCCUCCGCGCCGCCGCUGAAGCCCUCGCUCUCGUCCCCCCCGCCGCACUCCUCAUCUCCGUCAUCUUCUUCAAAUCCCUCCGCCAUAGAAAGUUCUGGGGCGUUAAGAUCUGGCACUGGUGCGUCGUCGUGAUGUCAAUCUUCUCCGGCCGACUCAUCUCCGGCUGGCUCGUAUGGAUCGCCGUCUUCCUAAUCGAGCGCCACUUUCUUCUCCAGGAAAAGGUUCUCUACUUCGUCUACGGCCUCCGGAAGAGCGUCCGCGGCUGCGUCUGGCUCGGCCUCGUUCUUCUGGCUUGGUACCUAGUACUAGACCCAGAUCGAGCCGACGCAUCUUCUACCGGCGUCUUGCUCCACCGCAUCUCCCGCGGGCUCGUCGCCGUCUUCGUCGCCUGCACGAUCUGGCUCAUCAAGAUCAUCUUCGUUAAGGUGCUUGCGUCUUCUUUUCAUGUGGCAACGUUCUUUGACAGGAUGAAGGAGAGUGUGUUCCAUCAUUAUGUACUCGAGGCGCUCUCCGGCGAUCCGAUUGAUCGCGAAGAGGGGAAGAUUGGGGGAGGGGAUAGGCCGAGACGGGUGGUUACGGCGACGAAGUCGAUGGCGGGGAGGUUGGAUAUGGAGAGGCUGCGUCGGCUGAGCAGAGCGAGGGUGAGCGCGGGAAGCGUGCGGCGACUGGUGGGCCACGUGAUGAGGACUGGGCUGACGACGGUGUCGAGGACGGUGGAUGAGCUCGUCAAGGCGGGGGAGUCGGAUAUCGGUGACGAGGUGGAGGCCAUGGCUGCUGCCCAGCGGAUCUUUAAGAACGUUGCCGGGCCUGCCAACAAGUGAGUGCUGUCAAUAUGCAUACUUUCCUAUGUUCGUUCCUAUGACUGUUUCUUGGGGAAGAUUUGGGCUAGAACAGGUCGACAGGAUAUACUAAGGUUUUUAGACCGAUUCUGUGGUCCUUUUUCCAUUGCUCCUUCGAUCCGAGUACCGACUGGAUUUUUUAACUUCUGUAAUGUAAUUCUUUGAAGGUAAGAAGAGGUAAUUAGCCAAAGACCGUGGGAGUCGGUGUCAUGGGUCCUUCAGUUUCAUAAAAAAUUUUCGUUAACUAAAUUCAAUAAAGCCCGCUGGCUAGUUAAUCUAGACCCCUGCUCCAGAUUUCAAAAUUUA